AACAUUAUAUGAGGCUUAGAGGAGGAGGAGGAGGAGGAAGAGGGGGAGGGGCAGUGUCCAGCUUCUCCACGGAACCAGCCGAAGAAGAAAAAGAAGAAGGAAAAAAUAAGAAAAAAAGUGAGGCUCAGUCGACGUCAGCGAUGCUUCACCAUCGGGACCAACCUCUGAACUCGGCCUAUGGAGUCAAAGGAGGUUCCAGCGAUGGCUCCUCCUCCUCCUCUUCCUCGCUGCGGAACAGGAAGUGUGACAAAGACGGCAACUUCAACUUCCUCCCGGGCAAAGACAACGAGGGCACCGGCGGGGGAGGGGACGAGAACCGCAACCCGGUGCGUCCCCGCAACUUGGGCCCGCUGGGCCGCGACCUGCCGAACUCCUCUUCCUCCUCUUCGUCGUCCUCCGGCUAUCACCAGAACCCGGGGCUCCUGUCGCCGCGCUCCCGCACGCCCUGCUGGGGCCGCCUGGAGCCGCCGCCCGAAAUGGAUUGCGGGGACGACGGCUACGGCCGGGUGCCCCCCGACGGAGCGGAGGAAGGCCGGCUGCAGGGGGAGGAGGGGAGGAGGCCGACGAAGAUGAGCCACGGCGAGGAGACGAAGGUGGAGACGCGGAGGAGGAAGAGCAGCGUGGCGAGGGAGGAAAUGGAAGACCCGGCGCUGCAGGAGAACGAAGACGAAUGGGGCGACAGCGACUCCGAGUCGGAGGUCAGCCACCGGUCCGGCGGCAGCGCGUCCUCCGUCGCCAUGGACAGCGGCGGCGAGGGGACGCUCAUGGGGGGCUGGGACCGCAUCGGGGUCGGGGAGCCCAAAGCCGACGCCCAGGAGGCCGACGCCCAGGAUGCCGACGCCCAGGAGGCCGACGCCGGCGGAAACGGCGACCGAGAGCCGGCCGGGAGGCGCCGGAGCGUGGGCCGCCGCAGGUCGCUGACGGCGAGCAACCUGGGCAAGCUCCGGGAGGAAUGCGGCGAGGACGAGGGCGCCGACAGGUCCUCGGACUCGGGAGGCGACGCCGUGUGGACGCUGCGAGACCGCGAGCGCUUCAAGGCCCAGGAGAUGGAGAAGCACCAGGAGCAGCUGACCAUGUACCGCCGGCUGGCGCUGAUCCGAUGGGUGCGCACCCUGCAGGGCCGCAUCCAGGAGCAGCAGGACCGCCUGCAGUCCAGCUUCGACGUCAUCCUCACGCAGAGGAAGGAGCUGCUGCGCAUGGGCGUCGCCGCCGCCGUGGCGCUCAGCCAAUCGUAAAGAGAGAGAGAGAGAGAGAGAGACACGGGGUCUGAAACAGGAAGUGGUUUCGUUUGACCUUUCGCCUGAUUUAAAAACAAAAAAAUUUUAAACCAGUCUCCCAUCGUCUUUAAUCUUCACACUCGUGUCGACGAUCGUAAUGAUUUUAUUUUUCCCGGCGACCGGAGCAUCAAUAAGUCGAUCAAUCCCCAAACCGUAAAAGCACUUAAGCGUGAAAUUAUAAUGUUUAUAUCUAUAUAAAAAUAAAAAAGAAUAUUCCGUCUGUUCUCGUUUGUCUUGACCUGUGCGUGAAACUAAAAAGACACUGUACCAAAAAAAUAAGAGAAUAAUGUGUCGAUGUAACAUGCAGGAGAUGAUUUGUACUCUGAGGUCCUGCUGUGUGUGUAUAUAUAUAUGAAAGGUAAAUUAAAAGAAUAAAGUUAUAUGAUAUAUAUCCA